AUUUCAGAAUUAACUUAUUGUUUAAACUGGUUCCAUACGAAAGGACCAUUUGAAAGACUUCUGAUUUUUGUGUCUAUUAUCCAGCCCCUUUUCGAUGGAUGUUAACUUUUUUAGAGAGGAUAAGGGAUGCAACCCUGAUAUGGUGCGAGAAAGUCAACGACGCAGAUUUGCACCAAUUGAACAUGUUGACGAGGUCAUUGCGCUUGAUUUGAAAUGGCGAAAAUCAAGAUAUGAAUGUGAUCAAGCCAAAAAAAAUUUUUCAAACCUGAACAAACAAAUCGCAGAAAAGAAAAAGAAGAAGGAAGAUGCGAGUAUGCUCUUAAAUCAAACAGAAAGUUUAAAGCAAGAAGUAGUGCUAAAAGAAGAAGCGGAAAAAGAAUGCAGAAAAAAACUUGAUGAAAUGUUAGAUAAAAUUGGGAACAUUGUUCAUGAAUCAGUGCCCUUUUCUAACAACGAGGAUGACAACGAAAUUGUCAGGACUUGGGGUGAACGUCGUCCUUCAGUUACUAAACAUACGCAUGACAUUUUACUAGGCAUGGUUGAUGGGUUCGAUCCUAUACAUGGUUCUAAAGUGGCAGGACAUCGUGGCUAUUAUUUGACCGGGGCUGCAGUUGCAUUGAACCAAGCACUUAUCAAUUAUGGCUUGAGUUUUCUGUUCAAGCGGCAGUACAAACUCAUUCAAACGCCUAUCUUUCUCAACAAACAUGUGAUGUCUAAAGUAGCCCAGCUUACUCAAUUCGACGAGGAACUUUACAAGGUUACAGGUGACGGCGAUGAAAAAUACCUCAUUGCCACUUCUGAACAGCCGAUUGCUGCUCUUCAUAUUGAAGAAUGGAUUAAUCCUAAAUCAUUACCUUUGAGAUACGCGGGUUUAUCUACUUGCAUGCGAAAAGAGGCAGGAGCACACGGUAAAGAUGUUACCGGAAUUUUUCGCGUUCAUCAGUUUGAAAAGAUAGAACAGUUUGUAGUCACGGCACCUACAGACAGCUGGGAAAUGCAUGAAGAAAUGCUUGGCGUAGCGGAAGAGUUCUACCAAUCGUUGAAUCUUCCCUAUCGAGUGGUAAAUAUUGUUUCUGGAGAGUUAAACAUGGCCGCUGCAAAGAAAUAUGACAUUGAGGGCUGGUUUCCUGAAUCACAAAGAUAUCGCGAACUCGUAUCUUGUUCCAAUUGCACUGACUACCAAGCACGCAAACUGGAGGCCCGAUAUGGAACUAAGGAUCAUGACCAGCAUAUAAAGCAAUACGUUCAUAUGCUGAACGCAACACUAUGUGCUACUGGAAGAACAAUUUGCUGUAUUUUGGAAAACUAUGAAACAGAGCAUGGUAUUGAGGUACCUCUGGUCCUUCAACCAUUCAUGGAGGGGUUCUUGGAAGAUAAAAGUCUCAUCCCUUUUGCCAAAGUUCCUGCGACCAAGCAUAAGUGUAAAUGAUAAUAAUGAGGGUUGAUCGUUAA